GACGUCGGGCGGCACUGCCAGGUGCAGCAUUGCCGGCAGCGAGGUUAAGAUACCCUGCAGGAUGAGAAAUUUGGGGAACAAUUGUAGCUCUCUCGAAAGUGCAAUGGCUUUUGUUUUCACUUAGAAAAAAUGAUGUGAUCGGCUAUAUCCAGCCUCCCUUGUCUGUAUACUGUAAUUUCAUAUGAGCCUUGAACACAGAAGCAAGGAGUCACAUAGCUGUCCUGAGGUGACUGUAAGCAAUGAGAGACUGAAGUCAGAUAAGCAUACCUCCUACCCAUGCUCGUUCAAGGACUGUGCUGAAAGAGAGCUUGUGCCAGUCAUAUGUCCUUAUUGUGAGAAGAAUUUUUGCCUGAGACACCGUCAUCAGUCAGAUCAUGAAUGUGAAAAACUGGAAAUCCCUAAGCCUCGAAUGGCUGCCACUCAGAAACUUGUUAAAGACAUUAUUGAUUCCAAGACAGGAGAAACAGCAAGUAAACGACGGAAAGGUGCAAAAAACAGUGAAACAGCUGCAAAAGUAGCAUUGAUGAAAUUAAAGAUGCAUGCUGACGGAGAUAAAUCAUUGCCACAGACAGAAAGAAUUUAUUUUCAGGUUUUCUUACCUAAGGGGAGCAAAGAGAAGAGCAAACCAAUGUUCUUUUGCCACCGAUGGAGCAUUGGAAAGGUCAUAGACUUCGCAGCUUCUUUAGCCAGUCUUAAAAAUGACAAUAACAAAUUGACAGCUAAGAAAUUAAGGUUGUGUCACCUUACUUCCGGAGAAGCCUUACCCUUGGAUCAUACUUUGGAAACUUGGAUUGCUAAGGAGGACUGUCCUUUAUAUAAUGGUGGAAGUAUUAUCUUGGAAUAUCUUAAUGAUGAAGAACAGUUUUUAGAAAAUGUUGAUUCUUACUUGGAAUAGUCAGUAAAGGAUUCAAGCCGGAAAUCAUGAGGAAAACUCUAUGUUAAGUCAAUUUCCUUUAUUAAAAAUACUAUAUAUUUUUUUGUUUUUAAAAGUCGCUUUUUAACUUAUUUUCACUGUGUAAUAAUUUAUAUUAUCAGUUUUCUAUUAAAUUGGAGUUUUUGUGUUUUAAAGUUUAACUAUGAA